GAUAGCUUGCUCUCGCUCUAUCUCUCUCGGCCUCGAGCUCUCGAUCUCUGCCCCCUUAUCCCAAGCUCUGCGUGUGGCGUGCGAACGUAGCGGCAUCGUCCGACCACCACCAAGCGACAGAGCAAGGACUAUCGAGAAUGGAGUCGGCGACACUAUCAGCCCUUCCAUCUCAGAUGCUGCCCCUCUCUUGCUCAGGAUUGAAGAAGUCGCCAUUCGCAUUCCAACUGAAAUCGAGUGCACCGAAGGGGACUCGUUUAAGGAAGAGAUGUGCUCCUAUUACUGCUCAAUUUGAGCUGAAGCCUCCUCCAUAUCCACUAGAUGCGUUGGAACCACAUAUGAGUCGCAACACAUUUGAGUUUCAUUGGGGGAAGCACCACAGAGCAUAUGUCGAUAACCUAAACAAACAAAUUCAGGGAACUGAGCUGGACGGAAAGUCGCUAGAAGAAAUCAUUGUUAUCACAUACAACAAAGGAGACCCUCUUCCUCCAUUUAAUAAUGCUGCUCAGGUAUGGAACCAUGAUUUCUUCUGGGAGUGCAUGAAGCCUGGAGGUGGAGGAAUGCCAUCUGGGACCCUUUUAGAAUUAAUCAAGCGAGAUUUUGGCUCGUACGAGGCAUUUCUAAAAGAAAUUAAAGCAGCUGCAGCAACCCAGUUUGGGUCUGGCUGGGCAUGGCUUACUUACAACGGUGACAAACUUGAAGUUCCCAAGCUAGGGAUUGCAAAGACCCCAAACGCAGUGAAUCCACUUGUUUGGGAUAAUACCACGCCCUUGCUGACCAUUGACGUCUGGGAGCAUGCUUACUACCUCGACUAUCAGAAUCGACGACCGGACUAUGUCUCAAUCUUCAUGGAGAACCUUGUUUCCUGGGAAGCUGUGAGUGCUAGGUUGGAGGCUGCGAAACUAAAGGUAGCAGCAUAGGCAUGAGAGAAUAGGAGAGAGAAGGGAUGAGGGACAUGUUUUAUGUAGAGCAAAUAUAUAGAUGAGGUUCCGAACGAGGAAAAGGGCCGGCCAAGUUUGCUUUGUUUAUGGUAGGUUGGGUUCUCAUCUUCUUCUCCGUUAUUAGUGGCGCGCUUGACUGUUAAGUCCACUGAUAUUGACAUCAGUUGCCUCUCUUACUGAGAGCUUUGUUAUCUUUCUGGUGCGUAUCUACAAAUGUCAGAAUGUAUCUCGUUUUUGUUAA